UUUUCAGCCACAAGCACCCUCUGUGUUCUCAAUUACUGGUGGUUAAAGAAAUCUCCCCCUUGCUGCAGGUGGUACAAGCUUCACUCCAAGCCGGGGAAGAAGGAAAAGGAGAGAGGGGAGAUCGAGGUGGACAUCCAGUUCAUGAGGAGCAACAUGACAGCCAGCAUGUUUGACCUGUCCAUGAAGGACAAGCCCCGCUCUCCCUUUGGGAAGCUCAAGGACAAGCUCAAGGGCAAGAGGAGCAGUGGCCUCUCAGACACAGCAUCAGAGAUCGUCCCCAGCACCUCCCAUUCCCCUGCUGACAGCGAGGAUGAGGCGGCCGAGAAGGAGAAGAAGAAAUCCAAGUUCAAAGCGCUGUUCUCCAAGCCUGGCCUGCACAAGACAUCCCUGUCCCAGUCCAUGUCAGUGCUGCCCACCCAGCAGCCCCUCACCCCCAGGGUUCGGCUGCGGCCCAGCGACUUCCAGCCACAGUGGGAUGAGGAGGAGGCCGAGACCUCUCCUGCCUCAGAACGAUCCUUUGAAAAUGCUCCAGAAGAGAAGCCAGCUCCUUCUCCUCUGUUCAGAUCUCGUAAACCAGCCUUUUUGGACAGUAGGCAGCUAACCCAAGGAACCACUAACCACACCAAAAAGGAUGGGCUCUCUUUGUUCAGUGGCCUUAAAUCCAAAAACGAUCCCGUGUCCAAGUCUAGUCUGUGCAUCAAUGGCAGCCACGUGUACAUGGAAGAGACCACAAGGAAGGACAAGACUCCAGCCUCCUCCCCCUCUCCUCACCUCAGGAGGAAGCAGCACUUUGCUUCAGAGGAGAACCUGUCCUCCAGGUCCACUAAAUCACCUGAAGAGUUGGGGAGAACCUCUUCUGCUCAGGCUUUCUCUGGGUCCACAUCCUUGGAGACCUUCAAAUCCAUGACUUUGCCAUCGUACAAACUGCUCAGCAGUGAGGAGCAGCUGGACACCAGCGUUCCACCGAGCGGCGAGGCUGCCAGAGAGACCAAAAAGCCAGAGCACAGAAAGUCUGCCUUGCUCUCCCUGGUCACUGGGAAGAAGGAAGCAGUGAAGACCAGCGAUGCUGAGAUUGUUCCUGACAGAACCCUGCAGAGUGAGGAAAGUGCAGGUGCGGAAGAGAAGAGUGAAGAGGAGGCCACAUGCCCUGAAGGCCCAGGGGAUUUGGGCAGAGGGAGCCCGUCAGGAGAUGCUCCCCGUCUGGAGGAGGCUGCCACAAACAAACAGCUCAGCCCCUGCCAGGAGGAAUGGAAACCUGAGAAAGCUGCUCCAGCCAGGACCAAAGCUGUGAAACCCAGACUGGGCCUGUCUCCAGAGGAGGAACCCAAAGCCACGCUUCCUACUCUUGCACCUGACCCCCUCCCUGCUUUCCUCUCUGUGCACCGUGCCAGCAGUGCAAAUAAUCCUUUUGUUUCUAAAGUGGGGCAGGCAGUCCGAGGGCCAGACUCUGAAAACACCAGCAGUCCUCCUGCCUCUCUCACUUCUCCUGCUGUUGCUGCAGGGCUUUGGAAUAAGAACCCCUUUGCUCCUGAGUGGGACAGAGCAUCCAGAGCCCGUUUCCCUUCACCUCAUCAUCCUGCAGCCUCUGUUCCCAAAGUGCCAAUUCCUGGGCAGGUCUCUGCUAGGGGCAAUAAUCCUUUUGCUGCUGGCUGGGGGCAGCCUCCUGAGGGCUCUGGCACGGAGCCUUCCCGGGAUCUCUCUGGCUCAGCCACACCUCCUGUCCCCUCUGGCUCUGGUUUCAAUGGCAAUAAUCCCUUUGUGUCCCAGCCUGGGGGACAGGCAGUACCAGCUUUCCAGGCUGUCUCUGGUUCUCCCCCUGCCUGCCUGCCUGUUGGGGAGGACUGUUCCUCUGCAGGACACCCUGCUCGUGGGGGGGACUGUUCCUCUGCAGGACACCCUGCUAUUGUUGCUUCAGGGGGCUCUGUGGAUGUGGCUGUAGCCAGUGGUGUCACAGCUGUGCCACACCCUCUUGGCACCUUGUCUGACCCCCCUUCUGGCCCCCCUGGGCUGGCUCCAGAGCCCCACUGUGGUUCUGCCCAGCUUCAGCCUGAGGGUUCUUUGCAAAGCAGCAAGGCAGGCACUGGGAAAUCUGUGUCCUUUGUCCUGGGGGGAUGGCAGGGUGUCCCAUCAGGUGAUGUGGGUUUGGGUGGGUGGGAAGGUGGAGAGCAGCACCUGGAUUCCAGUGGGAGGUUACAGAGGGCAGCAGGGGAGCGAGCAGGGUGUGGGGGUGAGCUGGGAGCUGGGGGUGACCCAGGGACAGAGCUCUCUGGGGACAGCACACAUCCCACCUGGAGCAGUGAUGGAACAGCCCUGGAGGUCGCUGGUGUGAGCACUGAGCCCUGCACCAGGGGUGACAGAGGUUCUGUGUCCCCUGAGAGCGAGCUCAGGGAGGAGCAGGGGAGCCGUGGUGCGGAGCAGUGGGCAGAGUGCGUGCCCCGGUCAGAGCCCCAGGCAGCCCCACCUGCUGGAAAUGAGGCACUUGCUCAAGUCCAGCCAAGCCCGAGAGCCUGCACGGUGUCCCCUGGGGAAGGGGAUCCAGGCAGGGCUGGCAGCAAGGCCCUUGUCCCCCCAAAGCCAGCCCCACGAGUGGCUGUGCUGCUGAGCAAAUCCUCAGUGCCUUCCCAGGCUGAGCUGAGGGCUGAUGCUCCUGCUUCAGGAGAUGCUGUAAAAUCCACACCAGCCAAUGAUGAGAGUUCCCAGCUCUCACCAGCUGCUCGUGGGUGCCUCCCUCAGGGUGGCUCCUUGGAGACUGUUACCCCUGCAGUGACACCCAGAGGUAACAGCAGUGGCAGGCCUGCAGAAGAGGAAGGUGAUGAUGAUUUCCCUGUCAGUGUCACAGAUCUCAAGUCUGCCAUUCCUGUGCCUGGGGACCGGGGCUCGGUGCUUCCCGUGAUCCCGGAGGGAGGCUCUGAUGAUGAGCUGCUGGGGGACUGCCAGGAGAGCUCUGGGGUCACUGCAGCUGGCAGAGGUGUUCUGGGGGAUGGAGAGCAGCCCCGAGGCUUGCAUGGAGAGCAAAGAGAGCUCUGUGAUAGCUCUGCUGUCCUGGCUGCUCUGGGAGGAGCAGGAGGAGGAGCUGGUGCUCAGAAGCCAGGGAGUGUGGCUGCAGUGGGGGCUCCCAGGGUCUGUGUGCAGGGAGCUGCCUCAGGCUCAGGUGUGGUGUCUCGUUCCAGGGAGUGUGACAGUCAUUUUGAGAAACAAGAGCUGGAAAGGAGUGCAGGUGUUGAGGAGUGUGCAGAGUGUGACUUCUCUGAGCCUUCUGCUUUCUCUUCCUCCCUGUCAAGCCCUUGCCAGCCCUACUCUUGCUCUCAUUCCCUCCUCUCUGACACCCCGAGUCGUAGAGCAGAGUCUCCAGCAGCCGAGGGCUUCGCAGAUAAAGCGGGAAAUUCGGGCAAGAAGAAACUCCUGCAGGCACGGGUUUCACCCUCUGAGCCCUUCCCUAAGCAAAGCCCACGGGGUGGUGAAACCGUGUCUGCCCAGCACAGACUCCAUCCUGUGAAGCCAAUGAAUGCCAUGGCAAACAAGCCUCAGAGCAAGAGCCUGAAUGUCAUCAGCACCAUGAAUGAAAAGCUGCUGGAAAUGAGUGUGAAGAAGUACGACCCCUCAGAGCCUGCCUAUGCCUAUGCCCAGCUGACCCACGAUGAGCUGAUCCAGCUGGUGCUCAGGCAGAAGGACACCAUCAGCAGGAAGGAGCUGCAGGUGCGGGAGCUGGAGGAUUACAUCGACAACCUGCUGGUCAGGGUGAUGGAGGAGACCCCCAACAUCCUCCGUGUUCCCAUGGCUGGGAGCAGGAAGGCUGGGAAGAUGUGAGGGGCCUGGGGUGUCGCUGAGCAGGGACUGAAUUCCCCCAGAGGAGGGUGAGGAGCUGCUCUGCAGCUCUGCUGCUGGCUGUGCUGCUCACAGAAAAUGACCUUUUUCCUGUUUCUGCCUUGAGCAACCCUGGGAUUGAUUAAUAGCUCCAUCAGGUGUUGUAAUGAAGUCACCUUAUCAUAUUUAUUUUUUGUUUUCUUCCCAUUAUUUGGGAAGAUCAGGCAUUAACCCAAAGGCUGGUUGUGAUGGGAAGGAGGAGGGUUUUUGAUGUGUUUUGCUUCCCGGCAAGGCACUGAUGAUCCUUUAGGAAGAUUUUUUUUAAUGGUUUUGUUUUUUAGCAGCUUUGAUAGAUCAGUUACUUUUCUUCCCUCAUCUGAAGUUGUAGUGCAAUAUAAAUCCUUGUACAGUAGAGCUUGAGGAUUUGACUGUUUUAAAAAUAAUAAUUAAUUACACUGGAGAAGUCCAAAGAUGUCCCAGCUUCAGGCCUGGGCUGUAAUUUAAAAGGUAUGAAUGACCAUAAGCUGACCAAAUCUCGGUGCAUCUCAUCAAGUGGACAUUCCCAAGGGAAAGUCCACAGCUCUUCUGGAGUGGGAGCCAUUGAGGUUCCUGGUACGUUUCUGCCAUAGGAAUGGCACCAAUGGAUUGGGCCAAGGGUACAUUUUAGCUCGAGUUGUUCUCUUAGUGUCUCAGUUUCUGCUCUGGAGGUUGUUCAGAGGAGGCUCUGCACCCUGGCUCUCACAUCUGUGGGAGUUCUGUGCCCAUUUCCCUCUGAUUUCGUUCAGGACACAGAAGUGCUUUGGCUGCUGGAGCUGGGGUGACCUUGAACACCUUUCCAAGGCAGCAGUUUUGCAGAAAGUGCUUUUUGUUGUCCUUGCAGGGAGGGGAGGGAGCGCUGGGGCCGCCCCUGCUCUGGUUCCUUGCUGCUCACACAAACCCUUGCGUGGCUGAGGGACAGCCCAGACCUCCCUGGGUCUCUGUGGCUUCAGGGAUGUUCUCCCCACCCUGUCAGACAGCAGGAGCAGCCCCCACAGCCUCCCCCACACGGGGCUUUGUUUGCUGAGCUCUUGGCAAGGACCAAAACGACCAGAUGCCUUUUUGCACCUCUGGGAUUUGCCAGGGUAGGGAGAGUCCAUAAAAGGCUUAGAGGGAAGCUGGAAAACCAAGAGAGCAGGAAGCAAAGGACCAAAGCUUAAAGAUUUCCAGCCUUAAUUCUAUGGAAACAAACACUCCUGCCUGUGGAAACUGUUGGGUUAUUGGGUCACUCCUGGCUCGGGGGGAGUUUCUAACUCAGGUUUUCUACAGCAAAGCACUUUAUUGAGCAGCUGGAUGGACUCUCACCCUGUGAGCAGUCUGCUUACAAUUGUCAUAAACCACUGGAAACUACUGGAGAUCUCAAACACUGUAUUUUUGUAGUGAGGAGCAGUUUAAUAUAUUUGCAUGGAGAUGUAAACAUUUAUUAGAAAACUCAAAAAAAUGCCGUUAAUGACAUUUUUUAUUCCUGCUACCAAAGUCUGGAGCUUUACAGGCAGAGCUGUCCCUCGUGGGCAGCCUGACCUCAAACAAGCCUUAGGAGCUGAGUCUUGCAAGACUUCAGGUACUCUGAUCUCAUUUUAGUGUUAUUUGAGCAGUGAGGGCAUUCUCUCUUUUCUCCUGUCCUCCCUGCUCUGAAUGAAGGGUCUGAAACCUUGGUGGUGGUGCUGCUUUCAUUCUGAGUGGUGCUGCUGCCUCUAGUGCCUUCUGAGCGAGGAAGAUGAAGGAUUGAUUUGUUUCCUCCUCGUGCCUCUGCGGAUCUCUGGACAGAGGAUCCUGUACCUCACUGAUAAACUUGUAUUUCAGACUCUUUUCUGCCUCCUGCACAGAACCAAAGCAAUAAAUGAUACGUGCUCUUAGCAGAGAUGGAGCCUUAACACUUGGAACGGCCUCCCCUGGCUGGGGGAGCCUUGUUCAGCUGCUUCCAGCUGUGGCUGUUGGGUGGCUCUUGCCCCCAACAAGUGUUCUUCCCUGCUUUGGGUGGCUGCAGCUGUGGAGCCCAAAGGCAUCACCCAAGCCUUGUAGCUCGUUUUUAUUGGCAAUAACUGUUGGAGCCUCCCUCUGGUGGGAGGGGACUGGCAUCUUGCAUCCUCAAGGGCCCUAAGAAUCAAACGCGUUGUUUUAUUGCUGAAGGAUCUCAAUGCACGUUCCCUGUUUGUACUCUCUGCUUUUAGCCCAGGUACUGUUUGUUUUUGAACACUUUUGGUUUUAUGGAACACUAAAAUAAACACACCUUAA